UUGUAAGUAUAGCAUUGUAUGUUGUUGUAUUACUUAGAGUCCUGCCACAUAUGUUUAGACCCGUUCUGUGAUGGACUUGAACCUUCCCAGUUGUGUCCUCUAGACCAGCCCUACUGCCUGAACUCAGUGUCUAAUGAAGUCAAUGGGAAAAGACACAUCGCCAAAACGUGUGCCACAGCCACUGAGUGUGUCCAGUUGUGGGUCAACGAAACGGCCAGGGACCCCAGGUGCCAGAACUUCCACGAAGGCAGCGUCUACCUCCAGUCCUUCUCUUGUCACUAUUGCUGCCAGGGAGAGAACUGCAACGCCCAGCUCGUGCCACUCGAGGCGACUCUAUUCAAACCAUGAUAGCAGAUUAUUUCUCUUUGAUUAUUGCCAGCUUACCAACUUUGUCUCCACAUUAGACCAAGUAGUAACUUAUUGUUAAGUUUAAUUUGUACGUAAUGUACUUAGAAUCAUUCCAAAAUUCUUUCAUUUUAUACAAAAAGUAUAAUUAAAUAGUCUGUUCUCUGCAACGUAAACAUUAUAUAUACUUACUAUUGGAUUUAGGUAUAAAGUACAUUAAUUUUACAAGAGAAAAAUUACGUACCCUACAAUAAAUAAGAUAAUGUAAGAAACUACGUCAAGAUAAGCCGAGUUAUAAUAAUUACUAUUCAAUGUCCACAUUACAUAAUCUAACCAUGGAAUAUUUAAUUCACUAAAGACAAUAGGCAUUGGAACGAAAAAAAAAUUAAAAUGACUUUCUAACAGAUUUUAGUAACAUUCAAUGUUGAAGAUUUACACACAAAAAAUCUAGUCCGGAUAAAUUACACUAUGCUUACAUUGUCAUUUUACUGUUCUGAAUAAUUAUUAUAUGGUUCUAAAUAUGCAGUUUAUUAAUACUUCCGUAUACUGUACACCGGAUGUACGAUACCCACGCUAUUUAUGGGUUCGCCUUCAUUGUAUGAAAAUAAAUCUCAAAUAAUGUAUGACUUUACAAUGUUAAUGUUAUUUCAGUGCAAGUAUAUGUUUAAACUAAAGCCAUCAGCUAACUUUUGUACAUUUCCACUUGUGUUAUAUGUGUGUGUU